AUGGACCCCGGGACCAAUCUCCAUGCACGACUGCCAUGGCUGGCUCAUGUCACUCUAGAUGUUGCCGCGUGCCACAAGGAUGACCGCACGGCCUUCUUCUUCGCUUGCGAGCACUGCCACACGCCCGUGGCGAACUUUCUGGUCGGGCAGGCCGGCGUGGAGGUCAACGCUAAGGACAAGCCGUCGGGGCACACGGCCCUUCACCGCGCGUGCAUCGCCGGCCAGACCAGGGAAAAGGCGCAGGCGACGGAGCUGAUCUCGUGGCUGCUGUCGUCGGCCAAGGCGGACACCAAGGCCACCGACCUCGGUGGGCGCAUGCCGGGAAACGCAGACCUUUCGGCGGAGGCUCCCAGCCUGAAGCCUACGGCCCAAGCCCCCGCCAUCACGAAGUCUCUCGAGGACGCGAGGUCGGGAGGGGGGAUUACGACGCCCGCCGCCGCCGCCGCCGCUCCUGGAGGAGCGCCAGCGGCCGAGGCGGCGGCUGCGGCUCCCGCGACGGCUCCUGAGACGGAGGCCAAGGAGGCCGCGGGCCCGAUGCGACUGCUCCCCAGGGCGUCCGCGUUCCCGACCUCUCGCCCGACCACGACGGUGGCUUCCGCCCGGGCGGCGGCCAAGAAGAUGGCCUCCCCGACCUCGCCACGCUCGCCUGCAGGUUCCCCUAGCGGUGCACGCUCCGUCGCCGUGCUGAAGAGCGCGGUCUCGCCCCGCGCCGCCACCGCCGCCUCGGCUUCGUCCGGGGCGUCGAAGCCGCAGUCGCCGCGUGCUGGAGGCGUUCUUCCCCGGACCGGAGGCACGCUGCCGGCGCCUGCGGCGACGCCGACGCCGGCUAGCUCCGACGCCGGGGCGUCUUCUUCUGCUGCUGCCAAGAUUGUGGCCACGGGGGUGAAGCCGGGGCUGGUGAAACAGUCCUCGUACCUUCUCAGGAACGCCUCCGCCUCGAGCAGCAGCAACGGCGGGAGGAGCGGGUCGGGCUCCGGGCCCUCGUCCAACGCCAGCGCCGCGGCCACGACGAUCAAGCCCGGCCUCGUGAAGCAGUCCUCGUACCUCCUGCGCACGGGGAACAGCGCCGCAACCCCCGCCGUGAGCAACGGCAACGGCGUGUCCACCGCCGCCGCCACCGCUUCUCCGAAGCCAGCCUCCGCCGCCACCGCCGCCGCUCCGUCGCGCUUCCAGCGCACGGUCCCGGCUUCCGCCGCCGCCGCCGCCACCCCGGCGGCGAACUCGGCCACAGCCGGCAGCGCGGCCGCGGUGAUCGGGGCCUCGAGGGGCCCCAAGGCCUCGGCCCUCGCGGCCGCUUUCGAGAACAAGGCCAGGGGAGGAACGACGACAGCGGCGAAGCCGACCCCGGUGGCGAAGCCAGUGGCGAAGCCGGUGGCGAAGCCAGUGGCGAAGCCGGUGGCGAAGCCGGUGGCGAAGCCAGCACCGGUGAUGGCGCAGGGGGGAGGAGCGGCGGCUGCGGCGGCGGCGACGCAGCAGCCGCAGUCGCCCAAGAAGCAGGCGCAGGCACGACCAACGUCUCCUUCCAAGGUUACCCCGGAGAGCCUUCUGGGGAAGGGCACCGUCAUGCAGCGGAAAAAGGUUUACGUGGCGGCGGCCCAAAAGUCAGGAAACGGAUCCCCGGCGCCCCUCAUCGGGAAGACCAAGAAGGAAAAGGACGGGAGCUUCAUGGACAAGUUCGUGUCGAUGUUCACUAUUUCCCCGCAGUCCUCGCCGUCACCAUCCCCGCCGAGGUCGGAGUCUAGAUCCCCGCUCAAGUCCCGGCAGCGAAGCCCCAUGGCGGCCAAGGUCGCCAACGGCUCUUCGGCAGCCGCCGCCAGCGGCGCUCCCCCGGCACGGGCUGAGACGGGACGCUUGGGAUUCUUCAGCUCUAACAAGUCGUUCAAGGGGCUGGUGAGCUCGGGGGACAACGAGAACGAGAAGGAGUAG